CACAUGUUGCGUAUCUCCUUUUCCUAACCUCAUUACUAUCGGAUACUGAACCCUAAACCACCGCCGCACACCACCACCACCAGCCACCAUGACCACCACCGGCAACGGACUAGACAUCGAAGACGGAUUUCCAGCCACCAAGCUAUUCAACCAAGGUUACUCAUACACCUACGAUGACGUCAUCUUCCUCCCACACUACAUCGAUUUCCCAACAGAUUCCGUACAACUAACCACCAAACUCACCCGCAACAUCACUCUUUCGGUGCCAUGUGUCGCUUCACCAAUGGACACAGUAACUGAGUCAUCCAUGGCGGUUUCGAUGGCGGCGUUAGGUGGUAUAGGUAUUGUUCAUUCCAACAACUCUGUUUCAGAACAAGUCAGUUUAAUUCGAUCAGUUAAGUCGAAUCGAAUUCCUUUUGUGGCGACCGAGUUUCGCUUCGUGUCGCCCGAUGAAUGUAUUUUGGACUCUGAUGUUUUUGAUACAAUGCCUUGUGUUUUUGUAACCGAAAACGGUUAUAAAACUGAUAAAAAGUUGUUAGGAUAUGUUGAUAAAAUGACUUGGGAUAAGGUUUUAGAUAAAGAAGAUAGGGUUGGGAAUUAUAUGAUUAAAAAUGUAAUGUCGUUAUCGAAUUCGUCUAGUUUAGAGGAUGUGGCUGCUUAUAUAGCAUCCAGGGAAUUAAAUUUUGUGCCUUUGGUUAAUGGGGAAGGGGAUGUGGUAAAUGUUGUGAGUGAGACGGAUAUCGAGAGGAUUAAGGGGUAUCCGAAAGUUGGGGCUCCGUCGAUAGGGAAAGACGGGGAAUUUUUGGUUGGGGCGUCGAUUGGGACGAGGGAAAGUGAUAAGGUGAGGUUGGAGAGUUUGGUUAAAGCGGGUGUUGAUGUGAUUGUGAUUGAUAGUUCUCAAGGGAAUUCUAUUUAUCAGAUUGAAUUGAUUAAGUAUGCCAAGAAGAUGUUUCCGGAUUUGGAUGUGAUUGGUGGGAAUGUUGUUACGAUGUAUCAAGCUCAGAACUUGAUUAAGGCUGGGGUUGAUGGUUUGAGAGUUGGUAUGGGGUCUGGUUCUAUUUGUACUACUCAGGAAGUUUGUGCAGUUGGUCGCGGACAGGCGACUGCGGUGUACAAGGUAUCGUCGAUUGCUGCACAAAGCGAUAUUCCUGUUAUUGCAGAUGGUGGCAUUUCGAAUUCAGGGCAUAUUGUUAAAGCUUUGACACUUGGGGCUUCAACUGUCAUGAUGGGAAGCUUCUUAGCAGGAAGCCAUGAAGCUCCUGGAGCAUAUGUGGUUCAGAAUGGCCGUCGGGUUAAAAAGUAUCGAGGGAUGGGAUCUCUUGAAGCUAUGACAAAAGGAAGUGAUGCUCGGUACCUCGGUGAUACAGCUAAAAUGAAGAUUGCUCAAGGGGUUGUUGGAGCCGUUGCAGAUAAGGGUUCUGUAUUGAAGUUCAUUCCAUACACUAUGCAAGCAGUUAAACAGGGUUUCCAGGAUCUUGGUGCUUCUUCCUUGGAGUCAGCUCAUGAAUUGUUGAGGUCUGGUACUCUGAGGCUGGAGGUUCGAACAGGAGCAGCACAGGUUGAGGGAGGAGUGCACGGCCUCGUUUCGUAUGAAAAGAAAUCUUUUUGACCUUCUCACAUCCGUAACCGUCCUCUUUUCUGAGCUUUCUUUACUUCUUCCUGGCCAGACAAGGGUGUACAUAUGCAUUGUUCACUUAUGCAAUGCAGAAGUUGUUGUAUGGUACAAAUACAUCAUACAAACUAGAACAGUGUUUGCUAUAAAUAAACUAUCGGUUAGAGACGAUCUUCUUGCUAAUAAAUUAAAUGUUAUUACUGUUCUGGAAACAUGUAAUUUUGUACUAUUGAGAAUUCAGACUGCUUUUGAAAUAAUUUGGUGUUUAAUUUA